UUCAGUUAAUGAGGAAUAAUGGAUAUCCGAGGGGACUACUUUCACGGUUAAUUUACAACUCAUCGCCCUCUGGACAGCCACAGAGGGUGAGGGAAGGAAUGUCUGAUGGUGUUGUGCCUACAGUGGAGAGCGCCUCCGCCACUUUGGAACUCAGAAGAGAUGGUUUGAAGUUUUCGUCUAUUCCUCUGAUAGAGGGUGUAACUGGGUCAUUGGUGAGGUUGCUUAAGACAGACACAAUAAAAGUGUUGGCAAGAAAUGAGUUCAGGGUCAAGAAAUUAUUCAGCAGGGUCAAAGACAAGAUGGAAGUGCUUAAGAUGAGUGGGGUAGUGUAUGGUGUUCCAUGUGCAUCUUGUGGUGAAAUUUACGUUGGACAGACAUCUCAACAAUUGAAGAAGAGACUCACACAACAUAAGAGUGAUGUUAAGAAUCCAAGCAAGGCAUGUGCCCUGGCAGAACAUGUGAGAAGUAGUGGCCAUCAAAUGAAUUACAACGCAGCGAAAGUGUUGGAAUGUGAAAACAAUCUCAAGAAGCGGACCUUUUUGGAGAUGUGUCACAUUAAACGACAUAGUAAUUCGAUGAAUUACAGAAGGGACAUUGAAGGGAUUAGCAAUAUUUAUGCAUUUUUACUAAGUAUUGACCAGCUGUCCGGGGAGAAAGGAGUACUGAGGCCAGGGAAUGAUGGGAGCUCUGUGGUUUCAGACGUCGUUGUGUCAACCUGAAAGUUGUGUUUUUGUUUGUUGUAUUCUGUGGCUUUUGACAUUGAUUGAUGUAUUUGACGUGAUUAUAAAAAAAAAAAGGAUUUUUGGACGAUUAUUGAAUAGAAGAACAAUUGUGUCGAUUUUGGACUUUUUCGCUCAUAUUAGUUGAUGCCUGCUUGUUUUGAUUUUAGUUCUAUCAACAGAUGUUAAAUUUGUUACCUAAUAACUCUCUGUUUUCCGAGUCCUGAGGAAGGUCCAUACCUGGACCGAAACGUCGACUGAUGGAAUAAAAGAGAAGAUCAGAAAAAUUUUUCAUCCAUUCCCAUAACCCCUUAUUCUAAUUG